AAUGAUUCGAAUGGCGAUUCACCUCAGUGUUUUUUUUGUAAGCUGCAAGGAUGGGCUCCAGCAAGCAAAGAGAAGUUUGCCUGCGUCAUAAGGACAUUGGGGACAAGGCUUUCUUAGCUAAGAAAGACAGGGAAGCUGUUCUCCAGUACAAUGUUGCUAUUCGGCAUGCUCGCACGAGCGAUGCUGAUCUGCAGAACCGCCAGCACAAGCACACCAGCCUACCGUCAGACAUUGAUAGGAGCAAGGCAACUGCUCUGGCGGCCGAUCUCCUGGCAUUGUGCUUGUCGAAUCGCUCUGCUGUACUUUUCCAGCUAGCCAUGUACAAGGAAUGCCUAUCUGACCUGCAGCUCUGUCUGCCGAUUGCACCAAAGAAUCUUCUCUACAAGCUGUUCCAUCGCUUGGCCAUGGUGUGCCUCAAGUUGAACGACAGUGCUGCUCAUGCAUCGAUAGCAAGACAAUGCUUGGAUGCAGCUCUGGAUCACCUCAAGUUUGCAGAGAAACUUAGUGACCAGCGCAAAGAUGAACUACGGCAGUCCUAUCUUAAAAUUCAGGAGAGAUCAUCGCCGAGUACAGGUGUAGCAGUUGGUAGCACACAUAGCGAUGGAAGAUGUGUUGAUCUGCACACUAUAUUGGCACGCUUACCAGCUAUAGUGGAUCGUAUGCGAUGUGACGAUACUGCUAUGAAGGAAGAUGUGGAAGUGGUGGAUCAGAAAGUCUUCAAGGAUCUGACUGUUUGCCAAGAGCAAUCUAGAGGCAGGUACAUUCAGGCAACUGCUGCCAUUCCAGCUGGGACAGUUCUGUGGCGUGAGAAGGCACUUGUGACCGACAUCAACCCUGAAACAAGUGGGGCACUGUGUCACAACUGUGCCAGGAGAGUCGUCGCAGUUGUACCAUGUCCAUACUGCUGCUCCAGUCAAUACUGCAGCGCUACCUGUCUGCACAAAUCAUGGAACAGCUAUCACUGGCUAGAGUGCUGGAUACAUCGCACGACAGACAUGCCUGUGCUGUCACAGGAGGCAAGAAUAGCCCUACGAGUAUUGUUGUCCACAAUUUGUCAUGGCUGUGAGAAGGGUGGCUUGGAAAGCAGCUUGUCCUCACCCGAUUCAGCACGUGAUGGUCCUAUCCCGUUAUGCAACUUCAAGCCGUCAACAUCUGAAGAAAAGCAACUGCUAGUGAAAUCACUCGUGACACAUGCCGAUCACCGUCAAGCUGCAGUUCAUGAGUUCAGGAAGGAAGCGGACCAAGUGGCUCGCUGUGUCAAUAGUGUAUUCCAACCAGGAAGACGCCUCUCCCCAGUGUGUGUGUACUCUGAAUACCUAGACCUAGCACCGUCUUUCAGAGACGUCCUAUGCAGCACAGAUACCAGCAGCAGCAGCAGCCGUGACAGGGGAGCCUCGUGCUGCAGCGAGAAUUGCACCGUGGACUCUCUAUCCAAGCACUUACUGCAUACCAUGCUCAUCCUGCAAUGCAAUGGCCAUGCCAUUACAGCCACUAUGACAGAGGCAGACUUAGCAGCGACGCAGGCAUCUUCAUCCGUACCGGAUAGUUCUCGUACUUUGCCGGUGGCGACAUUCGAUAACACCGCCGGCGCUGCUAUGAGCGGCGAAGCUAGUUGUUCAGUGGAGGCCAAGUCUCAAGUGCGUCUUGCUCUGGCCAUCUUUCCGCUGACCGCUUUGUUAAAUCACAGCUGCGUUCCGAACACUCUAGUCAGGUUCGACGGUAAUGUCAUAUCUGUUGUGUCAGACCGUGAUAUCAAUGCAGGAUGUGAGGUGACACAUUGCUAUGGAGUUGAUGCCAUUCGUUCUCCCGACACCGAUAAGCGCUCUCAGGCUUUGAGCAAGCAGUAUUUCUUUCAAUGCAAGUGCCUUGCUUGUGAGAAUGGUGAUGCAGCUGAAGAACGUCUGGCAGCCUGCUCAUCUGGGAUCAGUGCGGACCGCAUCAAACUGAUGUCGGCAGAGGUGGCUACAUUGAUGGACAGAGGCACUUCUUUGCGUGAUGCCGGCAAACUGACAGAAUCGGUGGAUUGUUUGCAGCGUGCCGUCACGUUGCAGCGUCAGUAUUUGCCGGAGAAUGACAUCAGCCUUGGCUAUACUCACGACUGCCUGGCCAAUGUCUUCUACCAGCUAGGUGAUUGUGCAACGGCUGUUCAACACAGCUCUCUCAGCCUAGCCGUUGUGCAGAGUGUCUACGGCAAGUACAGCAUGCAGGCCGCCAGUGAGCACUUCAAGCUGUGCCAGCUACUGUUCAACAGCGGUGAUGCCAGUCAAUUUCUUCAAGUAUCUGGAGAUGGUGUUGCUGUGAUGAAACAAGCGCUGGGUGACUCACACGACGACACGGUGGAACUCAUGGAGAUGAGAAGAUUUGUCCGUGCGUCUGCUCGAUGACAAUGACCAAUACCAAUCGACCGUGUUGCCUGCUGCACCGCCAAGUGCACUACCAGAGGAAGGUAGUCUCGUUAUCGAUCAUCUGCCUACUUCCGUUGCCGUUUUCACAGUGUUUGUGCAAUGACAGAUUACUAUGUGCAAAUCAA